AUGGCCUCACUGGAUUUGAAAUUUGCAAUGAUCUUCCUGUUUCAGAUGCUCAUUGGAAUCCUGGGGAAUUUCUCACUCUUACAUCAUUACCUGUCCCUUUACCUCAGUGGAUACAGGUCAAAGUCCACAGAUUUGAUUCUCAGGCACCUGACUUUAACUAACUCCUUAGUCAUUCUCUCGAGGGGAAUUCCAGAGACAUUGGCAGCAUUUGGGGUGACACAUUUUCUCCAAGAUUUUGGUUGCAAACUUAUUUUCUAUGUUCACAGAGUAGCCAGGGGUGUAUCCAUGAGCACCACCUCCCUCCUGAGCAUCUUCCAGGCCAUCACCAUCAGCCCCAUGAACUCCAGGUGGGCAGGGCUUAAAGCGAGAGCUGCCAAAUACAUUGGCCCCUCAAAUAUCCUCUGCUGGAUCCUGAAUAUAUUGCUAAACAUUAGGGUUCCUGAGUACACGACUGACAAAUUGAGCAACAAAACCCUCUCAAAAACUAUAGACUUCGGAUACUGUAUUUCUGAACUUCAUGACAAAGACACAGACUUACUAUAUAUAUUAUUGACAUCCACCCAUGAUGUUUUGUGUUUGGGACUCAUGACUUGGGCCAGUGGGACCAUGGUUUCCAUUCUGUGCAGACACAAGCAGCGGGUCCAACACAUUCAUGGGACCAAAGUGUCCCCCAGAUCCUCCCCUGAGAUCAGAGCUACCCAGAGCAUCCUUGUCCUGGUGACAACUUUUGUAUCUUUUUAUACCUUCUCCUCCAUUGUUCACAUUUAUUUUUUUAUUUUUUGUAAGACCACUUCGUGGGUGAUGAACACCUCUGCCCUAAUCAAUGCAUGUUUCCCAACUGCCAGCCCCUUUGUCUUCUUGAGUAGUGACCAGCGUGUAUCCAGAUUCUUCCUUGUGUGUACUGGGAGACAUAAACAAUUCCUGCAUCCCUUCAGAGCAACGUAA